AUGAAGAGAAGUGGUCCCCAGCCAGGCUUGCGACUGCGUGGCUUAUCGGUACGGCUUCCAUCUCUUUUCACAUCUGGACUACCUGCUGACAUACAUCACUUUUUAGGUCAGUUUGCUGUACCCCUUCGCCCGCUAUGGAAGCCUGCAGGCAAUGCGUUAGUUACUUUAGCCAGCAGAGCGGAAGUGGUAGCUGGAGACAGCGUCUGGCAAGCCAUCGAAGCACACGUCUCCGCGGACGAGGUCGACAACACGCAAGUUAGCGAUGAAGCUCAGGCAUCCAGCUUCCCCAUGAUGGAGGCCGAUGUCCCUGAGGAGCACCCCUCGGCCCUUGAUGCUGAGAAUGACUCCGAAGAGGAACGCACCUGGCGCGACCCCGCCGCUCAUUGGCUGCGUGUUGCUGCGAGACGAGCGGCCGCGCAUGAUGAGCAGGGUCCUCCGACUACCGAGGACGACGACGUACGCCGCUUCGACCCACGCGCGCACGAGGAGCAGCUCCUCGGCGUACUUGCGCGUCUCCCAAGCACGAUCUCGCCUCGCGGACGUGCCAUUGUCAAAGCCUUCCUCUCGCGCGUAGGCCCCUCGGCCACGCCUCCUCCUCGCCCCGUACUCCUCGCGUGGCUUCGCCUGAUCGCUGCAUGUCCUGCACCGCGCUCAUUACCCACGGCUGACGUUGUCUACGCUGCUCUCGCCGACGCACUCGCACGGCCGGAUACAGCGCUUCAGGUCGCUGCACUAGACGCGUUAGCGGCGUUCUGGGGUGUCCGAGGCAUCGACGAAGGCGCGGAGGACGACCGGUCGGGCAAGAAGGGAGGGAACAAAAAGGGGAAAGGGGAGCAGAAGACAGGAGCAGCAAGCGGAAAGAACAGGGGCAAUGACGAAUGCACGGCCUGGGUUGCUUCUCUUCGCGCGCUCUUGGACGAUACGCGAGCGAGGGAUGAGCUGGCGAGCUUGAGCUCUGGCGCUGAUGAAGAUGAGGACGACCCAAGUAGCGGACUCGAGGUCGACACAUCCGUCGUCGCGCGUCUGCCGCCGAAGGAUACACCGGGGCGUGUGGCGUUCACGCCGUUGCUUGUGCGCGUCCUCUUUGGCCGAUUACGAGCAAAGGGGCGCCGGCCUGCCGCUCUUCUCGGUGCUCUGCCAGCGAGAGGGCGAGGUCUGCUGGUUGGGCUAAUGGUGAAGGAGGUCGAGAGAGGAUGGAGCGAGGGCUCUUACAGGGCCCCGACGGAGCCGAUUGAUAGCGACCGUGCUGCGCAGGACAAGCGCGCGGCGGGCUUCUUGACGUUGCUCGGCGAUGUGCUGACCCAGCUGGGCGCGAGACUCGUACCUCACUGGCCUGCACUUCUGGACGUCGUGGUCAAGCUGGGUGGUGACGCGGAGCGGAGGCUGUUGAGCACGAAGGCUGAGGACGGUGAAGUAGAUGCCGUCGAGGAGGAGGUCGAGGCCAAGGAAGGGGAAGAGGCCGAAGCAACUCUCGAAGAGGUAGUUCAGGACAGUGCUCCCAAGUCGAAGUCCACAUCGAGCAGGAGCACUAAGCAUGACGGCAAGACAGCUCGCGCUGCUGCCCGCAACGUUCGUGCGCUUUCGCUUCGCCGGCUCGCGCAAUUCUUUCAAGUCGCAGCGGCCUUUGGUGAUGAUCCCAGCACUCCCGAUACCACACCCGCCCUAUCGACUGCUGUGCGUGCGGCUUACCCGGUUCUACUCGGCUCGCGUAUCUCGCGUCUACCAUCAGAGGGCACGCAGGCUCCUGGCGCGCUCAUCGACAUUCUGGGCGCCUGGGCAGGCCGCAAAGAAUGGGUUGGGUGGCUUGUCGGACGUGGCCUCCAGGACGUGCUUACUACCGAGGAGACACCACUCCGCCAACUUCUCGCUUUGCUCGUCGCGCCAGCAGUCAAGUUCUCCGUCGUCCUUCGUGUCUUCGACGUCAUUGAGGGUCUGCUCAGUCUCGCCGAGAGCGACGAAGACGAGGCCGCCGAAGGUGCUUUGGUCGUCAAGCGCGAUGUGCUCAUGCCUUACAUGCAUCUUCUGUUGGAAAGCCUUGCUGGGAUGGCGGACACAAGGAACGAGCCGAAGCAGGAGAAGAAUAACACAACGCCGACGUCUAAGCCCAUCAAUGACAAGCACGCUGCCGACGCGCUCCUCGCACGCCGCAUUCGCAUCCUCGCUGCUGUCUCUCGUUAUUGCGCACCAGGAUCCCAGGCUGAUGCCCUCGCUCGCCUCACAUUCCCCCUACUUCGCAUGCCAACGAAGCAGGUUCCGGAGCGCGUCAAGGCAGACUUGCUGCGGGUUAAAAGCAAGGAAUCGGGAAGCUCGACACCCCUUCUGGAUGCUGCCUUUUCUGCCUUGGCGCCGCUGUUCCAAUCCCUUCGUUCUCGUGCUGCUCGUAUCGCCCUUGUCGAAGCCUUUUCCACCCUCGCUGCGCGCGAUACAAGCCUUGCCUCCAUCAGCCAAGCACUCACGCAGUUGAACGCCUAUUCCAAGCGUCGCGUUGACGAGCCUGACGUCGAUGCUCGGCUGACCGCACUCGGUGCGCUUGGUGAGACUGGAUGGAAGACGCUUAGUGCGCGGGAGUGGACGCCUGUCCUACAUCAUCUGUUCCAAGCGAUACAGGAUCCGGAGGAACUGGCGAUGCGCACAAGUACCGCCCAAGUGCUCCAGCGAUUCAUCGACGCAACAGCAGCGGAGAUCGUUAACGAGGAGUCCCCGACUGCUCCAGCAUUCCAGACUAUCUUCAAGAAGGUCUUCUAUCCGGGCAUCCGCAACGGCCUGCGCACCCGCUCUGAUGCUGUGCGUGGCGAGCUGCUCGGCUUGCUCUCCUAUGCAGUCGACCGCGCAGAAAGUGUUCCUGCCCUUGUCAAAGUCGUCCCUGCCCUCGGCGAGAUGACGGGUUUGCGCGCAGGGGGCGAUGCUGAGGCCAGCUUCUUCAACAACCUCUUGCACGUGCAAACACAUCGACGCGCGCGCGCACUCCGACGCCUGGCAGACUACUGCGAUGGCGGCGAGGACGGCGUCUGUCCUUUGCGCAGUGGUACGCUUGCCGAAAUGUUCGUUCCCCUGGUGGCGCACUUCAUCGUGCCUACUGGUCAGGGUGUGGAUCACCAUGUUGUGAACGACGCGAUCUUGUGUACAGGGCGCAUGGCUCGGCACUUAGCUUGGGGCGCGUACUAUGGGCUCGUCCUGACCCAUAUGCGGCAAGCGCGCGCGACGGAGGGCAAAGACGCCGCAGACAAGGUUUACAUCCGUGCUCUUGUCGCUGUGCUCGAUGCAUUCCAUUUUCCCAUGGACGAGGACGUCGAAGACGUUGAGGCGGCACCGGAGGGCGAAGAUGAGGAGAAGGGUGAUCCGGACGUGGCGACAGAAACCGAAGUCGCACGUCAAAAGCGGGCUCGUAUCGCGGACAUCGUCAAUGCCAAGCUCCUCCCUGCUCUCAUCGACCAUCUUGAGAAUCGGCAUGCGACAACGGAAGACGGCGCUCGUUUGCCGAUUGCGCCCGGCAUCGCUGCCGUCGCUGCGCAUCUACCUACCGAGAAACGCGACGCUCAGAUAUCGCGACUGCUCACCGUGCUCAGCCAGGUCUUCCGCAGCAAGUCGCAGGAUACACGCGAUGCCGCCCGGGAUGCACUCAUCAAGAUCGUCACUCAGCUGGGCCCUCCAGGACUGCCGCUGGCCGUGCGCGAGCUUCGCGAGGCGCUCAGGCGAGGCCCGCAGCUUCACACGCUUGCAUACGUUGUACAUGCUCUGCUCGUUCAUGUCUGCGCCCGAGCGGAGUUCACCAAUGUGGACUCGGUGGCGGCAGACGUGGCGCACAUCGCCGCGGAGGUCAUCUUUGGGACGUCUGGGAAGGACGUCGAGUCCGAUGGCUUCCGCACGAAGAUGCGCGAGGUGAAAGGGUCGGCGAGCAAGGGCCUGGACGCUUUUGCCCUUCUCGCCCAGCAUGUUUCUCCUGGCGCUGUUAGCACAGUCCUAGGGCCUGUGCGUAGCAUCCUGCACGAAACUGCGAACGCACGGUCACUGCAGCAAGUGGACGACGUGUUGCGCCGGGUUGCUGUUGGCUUGAACGCAAACAAGCAGCUGACGCCACCAGAGCUACUUGUGCUCUGUCAUACGCUCAUCAGCCAGAAUGCGAAGUUCUUGAAGGACGCUCCCACCAAGAAGUCCAGGAAAGCGAUGGGUGAUGCUAUCGUCCAAGUUAAGCGCCAGAUGGAGAAGGCCGAAGAUCACUACGCCAGCAAUUCUUUCAGGUUUGUGGCCUUCGGUUUGGACCUUCUACAGACAGCACUUCGGCGCAACCGCUUUGAUCUUCAGGACAAGGAUACGGUCGCACGCCUGGACGCCAUUAUACCUGCCGUUGGCAAUACCCUCUAUUCUACCAGCGCCAACGUGCUUUUAGCCGGCAUGAAGGCCGCUACGGGCCUCACCAAGUGCCCUCUUCCUUCCCUUCCCAAAUCUCUCCCUGUCUACACUCGCCAAAUGCUCGACAUCCUGAAGAAUCUCGGGACAACAGAAUCCGAUGUCGCCCAGACAGCCCUUCGCUCACUCAGCACCAUCAUGCGCGACAGCCCCGGUGCGACGAUGCAGGAACAGGACCUCGCCUUCCUGCUCGAACUCAUCGCUCCGGACCUGGAGGAACCAGAGCGCCAGGGCGCCGUAUUCGCCAUGCUACGCGCGGUUGUGGCAAGACGCUUCGUUGUUCCCGAACUAUACGACCAGAUGCAGCGCGUCAGCGAGGUUAUGAUCACAUCUCAGGCGCCGCAGGUCCGGGAAGCCUGCCGUGGCGUAGUGCUGCAAUUCUUGCUUGAUUACCCCCAGGGCAAGGGUCGGUUGAAGAACACCAUGGCCUUUCUCGCCAAGAAUCUCAGCUACGUCCACGAGAGCGGUCGCCUGUCCGUACUCGAGCUACUCGGCGCGGUGGUGGCCAAGUUCCAACUGGGACUUGUGCGCGAAUAUGCGGAAUUGCUCUUCGUCGCGCUUGUCAUGGUCAUCGCAAACGACGAGAGCGCGAAAUGUCGGGAGGGAGCUGCGGGAUUGGUCAAGGCAUUACUUGGGAGACUGGACGAAGGAGGGCGCCAAACGAUGAUCACUCACGUUCACGCAUGGGCUACACAACUGGAACGCCCCUCGCUUGUGCGCGUCGCAAUGCAGGUCUAUGGUCUAAUGGUGGAGGUUCUGCAUGCUGAAGCUCGCCCUCACUUGAAAACUAUGCUUCAAGAUGGCAACCAGGCUAUGGAGCACAGUGCUAACCUACUGCAAGACGCAGACCAGGACUCGACGACCAUCACCGCCGAGUGGCAGGUCCCGUACCAUGCUAUGACCCUCUUCUCCAAGCUGCUGCGCGAGUUCCCAGACCUGCUACAGGACGACGAAGGCGUCUCCUGGACGCCCGUCGUAGAACAUCUCCUCUUUCCUCACUCGUGGGUUCGCAUGGCCGCUUGCCGAUUGCUUGGUAUACUUUACGCCGCCGCGCCACCAGCCUCGCCUUCGCCGCUCGCAGAUGGCCGGGUCACAACAGACGCUCCCCUAUCCCUCGAAGGCAUGCAGGAGGUCGCCCGCCUGCUUUGUCUGCAGCUCAAGAGCGGCAAUCUGGAUGAUGCGCAUGCCCUGCAGAUCGUCAAGAACCUCCUGUACGCUGCAAAGUGCUUCAACCUUCUCUUGCGAGAGAAUGGCUCUGGCUUGGAGCAGGGCGCGGGCGAAGAUGACGGGGAUGAGACAGAUGAAGAGGAGGCGGAAGAAGCUGAAAAGGUGGAGCACGCGCCGCUGCCUUGGUUGUUUUCCAAGUUAUCCUAUCAAGCCCGAUCUUCCUUGAUUGCCCAUAGCAGUGCUUCUGCGAGGACGAGCCAUCCUAAGUGGUAUCUCCAGUUGCAGUCAAUUCUCCAGUGGUUCGCCGCCAUGACCACGCACCUUGAACCGUCGCGUUUGGAGCGCUUCCUACCCCACAUACUCAACCCCUUGUAUCGCAUUACACAAGACGAGGGCAUCAGGGAUCCGCAGAUGGACGAGCUGAAGACCCUUGCGACUGAGGUCCAGUCCCUCGUCCAGUCCAAGGUCGCUCCCACUGCUUUCACUGCCGUGUACUCGAAGAUCCGGGAGAAUGUGCGUGGCGUGCAGCAGGAGCGCAAGAUCAAGCGCACCCUGCUUGCCGCGACAAAUCCGGAGCAGGCUGCGAAGCGCAAGACGAAGAAGAACGAGUCAAAGAAGGAAAGUAGGAAGCGGAAGAAUGCGGCAUUUGCGUGA